CGGGGUUCCCCGUAAUACUAUAAUGACAAUAAAAAAAGACCUGAAAGGCCGUCCUGUCCAGAUUUGACAGGGGAGCGAUUCAUGAUGAUGUUUGAUGAUGCGAAGGAGGAAGAGGAGCAGGAGGCCCUGAACAAUGCACGAACGGCAUCUGCUACCUGUUUAGCGGCACCUGUGUGCUCAAGUGAAGGAGAGGAGUGUUCGAGUGGCAGCAGGAGCAGCAGUAACGAUGGUGGCAAUUCAGACGAGGAGAGUGCGUCCGACUCUGAUGGCGAUUCACUUCCUUGGAAAGGUUUCUCUGCUAAGAAGUCCGCCGCUGCUGCCACAACACCGAAGUCAGGAGGAUCUGGUCCCUUGACUGUUGUUUUCCAGGACAGAGCCAAGGAUCAUGCUGCAGACGAGUCUGGCAGUUGCAUACGCAGGGACAGGAAGCUGUUCAUGUCGUCGCGUGUUGCAGAUCUUGAUAAGUUGGGCAUGACAAAAGUGAAGACGCGCGCUGAGUUGGAGGAGGAGAAGGAAGAUGAGAUGCAUUCCAAACAGUUGUUGGCAUGGAUCAAGGAAGCGGAGAAAUUCAGUGCAUCGCAUAUGGACUCAAAGAGCAAAAGGAAAUGGGACAUGAAGCAACUAGAAGAGCUGGGAGCCAAGGACAAAGCGAACGGAUUCUUGCGCUUGAAAGGGACGGGGGCCACGAAACGCAGAGCAAGAGCGCUUCAGGCACGGCAUGAAGACAAGGGGUUGAAUGCGUCGGAGGGGCGGUUCAAGAACGGUGUACUACAUGUCAGCGAUCGAAAUACGAAAAGGGAUCGGGAAACGGCUAUGGAAGGUGUAAGGGGGAAAACCCGGAAACGACAGAGGGGUGGAGGGGGGGACGAUUUGGGCCCAAGUCCUGGUGGCAUGCGCAAAGGCGGCAAAGCGAAAAAGCGAUCAUCCAAGAAUAAGAAAGCCGGAGGAAAGAAGCGAAGGAGGUGAUGCCAGAUACAUGUUUGAAAUGCGAGCCUGCUCUCCGAUCCAAAACCUGCGGCGGUUGCCCGGGCCAGGUCGUAGAUUUCGAUUGCAGGGCGCCUCUCUCCAACUCGUCUACGUCUCAAGCCGGCGCCUCUCUGCAACUCUCCUACAUCGCAAGCCGACCCUGGUCAAGGGUGUGGGCUACCUGUGUGUGGGAGAAGGAUGUAUGGCAAAUUUAGACGAUGUUGCGAGGGGAGUAAUGGAAACUCCUUUUUGCUUUCUUAUGAAAGAGCAUUAGGUGGUCCCCCGUCGCUCACCCCUAACUCCUUCGAACGUCUGGCCCCUUCAACCCUUGCCAUAAGUGGUAAUUUGGAUUUUUGGCUUGGAAGUCUUUUUGUAUUUUUGACUUAUUAUUAUUCUUUUCGUUAACUUUUUCUCACUUUUCUUGCUCCAACCAAUGGUUUUAAGUGAGACAUCGAAACUCAAGAAUUGAGUAGUGAUUUAGCUAAAUACGAUGCGGACCCUGUUUUUGCCGAUGUGGUUAUUAAAGAAGUAGGGUGCACAUGAGCACCCCCUUCUUACAGAAAAGUCCUAAUGAAUUUCUAGCUUGGGA